AUCAGGCAUAACAUUAUGACCACCUUCCUAAUAUUGUGUUGGUCCCCCUUUUGCUGCCAAAACAGCCCUGACCCGUCGAGGCAUGGACUCCACUAGACCCCUGAAGGUGUGCUGUGGUAUCUGCACCAAGAUGUUAGCAGCAGAUCCUUUAAGUCCUGUAAGUUGCGAGGUGGAGCCUCCAUGGAUCGGACUUGUUUGUUCAGCACAUCCCACAGAUGCUCGAUUGGAUUGAGAUCUGGGGAAUUUGGAGGCCAAGUCAACACCUCAAACUCGUUGUUGUGCUCCUCAAACCAUUCCUGAACCAUUUUUGCUUUGCUUUUUUGAUCCUGCUGAAAGAGGCCACAGCCACCAGGGAAUACCGUUUCCAUGAAAGGGUGUACAUGGUCUGCAACAAUGCUUAGGUAGGUGGUACGUGUCAAAGUGGCAGGACCCAAGGUUUCCCAGCAGAACAUUGCACAAAGCAUCACACUGCCCAUAGCGCAUCCUGGUGCCAUGUGUUCCCCAGGUAAGCGACGCACACGCACCCGGCCAUCCACGUGAUGUAAAAGAAAACGUGAUUCAUCAGACCAGGCCACCUUCUUCCAUUGCUCCGUGGUCCAGUUCUGAUGCUCACGUGCCCACUGUUGGCUCUUUCAGCGGUGGACAGGGGUCAGCAUGGGCACCCUGACUGGUCUGCAGCUAUGCAGCCCCAUACACAACAAACUGUGAUGCACUGUGUAUUCUGACACCUUUCUAUCAGAACCAGCAUUAACUUCUUGUGCAAUCUGAGCUUCAGUAGCUCGUCUGCUGGAUCGGAUCACACGGGCCAGCCUUCGCUCCCCACGUGCAUCAAUGAGCCUUGGUCGCCCAUGUUGAACCAUGUGUCUUCAUCAUUGUCAUGUGUAAAUUACUCAAAACAGUCCUGCCCACUGAUAGACACGCAAAUACUAAUCCUUAACUAACAAGGACUAAUGAACAGUGUUGGGGAAAGUUACUUUUAAAAGUAAUGCGUUACAGUAUUGCGUUACUCCCUAAAAAAGUAACUAAUUGUGUUAAUUAUGUACUUUUUUUUGCAUUACUUUUCUCACCUGGGCUGGGCUUGCUUGUUUGUUUUUUAAUAACAACAAAAAAGUUCUAUUUUUGGUUAAUGUAAAGGCCCUUUCACACCAAAAGUGAAAUGAAUAAGCACAGCAGAGCUGUCAGUCAAUAAAUGUGAAAAAGUUACUUGGUUACUUAUUUGAAAAAGUAGCUUAGAUAUUUUGUCAUAAAUUGAAAAGGUAAUGCAUUCAUUUACUAUUUAAUUGAAAAAGUAAAAUGAUUACAUACUGUAACUCAAGUUACUUGGAAUGCGUUACACCCGACACUGUUCAUAAACCAAAGUUAACCUUUUGUUUACUUUUGUUCGUCAGUCACGCAUUCAGUUACAUGUGAUGUCAUGCUGUAAAAUGAUUGUGUUUUAUGUCAUUACAGGUAAUAUAGUACAGCACAUGCCAACUGAACCACCCUCAUCCCAGCCCGAAGGUGUGCUUCCUUUCUCCCACACCUUUCUGUGAAGUGCUUCAUUUCCAGUUUCAGUUUUUCAGCUGAUAAAACCUGAAAUUCUAGAUGUGGUUGUGGUGAGGACACCUCUAUAGACGCCCCUUAAUGGGUGGAGGCCAACAGCAGAAAACAGGAACAUGCUGAUAAGACGCUCCAAAGUUCACAGGCACACCUGAGGAUGGGUAGACGUUUCUCCAGACUGGUUAGAGAUGUACCAGAGCGUGUAAAGCGGGGACGGACUCUGUCAUUGUGUUGCGCAUGUCCCACCGUACAACUUAAUGUGAUUUUUUUUGUGGAAAUGACAAUUAGUGGGAGAGUCUCAAGGAAAUAAUGAGAGGAUUGUGUCUCUGACCAGUGGAUUUUUAUCUGAAGUUUCUCAUUUGGAGAUAUUCUCACACGUCUGGAUAUGUGGCCUCUCAGAGCUGCCAUUUUUUUGCUCUGUUGUGCUGGUUGUUGGUGCCAGAGCUGUAAUCUGACGAAGGCUUAUUUCAAGUCCAAGAAUUUCUUCAGCGUUCUCCAUUGGGAUGCUGUUGACAUUCCGGGUCAAACGGUUCUCUACAGUGUUCAGUACAACCUUUAUGGGAAUUCGUAUCAACCGGUGACAUGGUGCCAGAACAUCUCCGCUCCUGUUUGUGAACUGACUCAUGUGAUGAGUGAUGUCUUGACCAAAUUGACCAUUAAAUGUCAUGCCAAAAUCACUGUCGAUGGACAGUGUGUGGGUGAAGUCAAGUUUGCUCCAUUCCGGCAAACCACUUUGGCAGCACCACAGCUGUCAGUAGUAUCCAACAAAACUCAUCUGAAUGUGACGGUGUCCCCGCCGAUGAUCCCUUGGAAUCACUCCAUUGAAAGUAUCAAGUCCUGGGGAGGCGUUAAGUACAUAGUUCAUCUGACACAUCCCAAGUCAAUGAAGGGAAAGGUAUUUGAGAACACCUCUCGCUCAGUGUUCAUAUGGCUUGUGGAAACAGACGUGCAGUACUGUGGCGAUGUGGUAUAUACGCUCACACAUCCCGGCUGGUCCAAUCACAGUCAAAGCGCCUCCUUUUGUGUGAAUGUCUCAGCUCCUAAUUCCUGGUUUCAUAUCUUAAUGUGGCCUGGUCUGCUGGCUCUGCUGCUGCUCAUCAGUCUCCCAAUUAUGUUUUGCCAGCUGUAUGUAAAGAGAAAGCGUUCCUUACCGAAAACUCUGAUACUGUCAAAGAACAACAGUCCUCCAUUUUAUUCAAAUCCCCGGGACGACAUAUCUAAAGUGAAAGUGUGGCCUGGAUAUGAUCCACUGUCCAUAUUUCCCCAGCAGAAGUCAGAGAUCGUGGAUAAUGUGAAUGCUUAUGCAUCUCAGGAGCCCUACAGAUGUCAACAGGAAGUCCCGGUGCAUGACAGCGCAGAGUCUUCAGUGCACUACAGCUUUUGUUUGCCAGUCCAAAACUCCAACAAACCAUCAUCCAACGGCAGAACAGAGGAGACCAGCUUGGAUUCAACUGGUUCAGAAUCCGUUUUGAUCAUUUCAGACGCUGUAAGAAGCAGCGAGACUCUGGUGGUACCAGUUAGGCCCACUGAAAAUGGUGCGCUGCAGUUUCAUGACAGUUUAUUUCAGUUUGACACUGAUCUAAGUUCUCCAGCUGUAGCUCAGGUUUUAGAAGGUUUAACUGGAGAACAAACACCUUUACUAACUGAUCUAAUUCAGAAGGACUCCAGGUGUAACUCAGCCUACCUGCCUGUACAUGUUUCUGACAUUGUGACGUCAAACUACAGGCAGAACUGGCUGCCGGGGAUUCCUCUUGAGGGAAAACAAGACCAGAGGACUUAUAUUCUGAGGACAGACCACCUGCAGAACUUAACUGAACCUAAGGAGGACUUCAGAGAUGAAGAGGAACCUAGAGUUGGUGUGAUUAUUCUAGACAGAUGGGCGCUGGAGAUGCAGGGAUUGUCUUUGUCUUGCAACUAACCGGCGGAGCGUUUAACUCUUUCCAGUGCUCAUUUGAGUACGUCAAUGCAAGACAAAGAGAUGUUUGAUGGUCAUCUAAAGGUGACAGAACAUCUUCUGUUGGUUCUCGCCAGCUCAUUGCGUCAGGUAGAUGGACCGUGUGAUGGACACCGGCAACACUGAAGGGAAUUUCAAAAGCAGCGAGUGUUUUCACACUGGUUGUGCACUUUGACUGAAACGAAGCUUAUCUGUAGCAUUGCCAUAUUCACAAGUGUUAUCCCAUUUCAUUUUUCCACACAAAUCAAUGUUUUAACUUAUUAAAUGAAUGCAUGAUGCAUGAGUCAAAAUGUAGGUAAACUUGAAGUACGUGGUGAAACAUUUCAUUACUGCAUUGCAAAACAUUUUGACAUUGACUGUUUUGACAGUAUUUGUUGCGCUAAACUGAAUAACGUGAAAGUCGGCAUUCUGAUCAAAACCUAUUUAACUUCUGACGUAUUUCAGAGUGAAACAGGAUAUUCAAUAGCUACGUUUACAUAUCUGUUUACAAUCGGAUUGAUGGCUCAGUCAGACUGAGAAGCCUUCAUGUAAACAUGUACAGUUUCAAACGGAUUGAAAGGGAUGGUGUUGACCUGAUAUUAUCCGAUAAACAGGAAAAAAUUAAGCAUGUAAACUAGGGGUGUGAUGAGACACGAGGUUGAGUUCACGAGAACGAGACAAAAGAUUUUUACACAGUAUUUUUAAGAAAUCCUCAAUGACUAGAAAAAUAGUCUGCAGUAUAAAUCAGGCUUAAGAUAGCUUUCAUAUUGGGAGAAAUUUGCAUGCAUCACGGAGCCGCUUUCAAAAUGCGGGGUAUUGAAAUACCCGCGCUUGCGUUUUACUUUCGCUUUCGCGCGUACUCUGUGAAUAGGGAGCGGCGGUGCUGAGCGCGCAAUCUAAAAUACAAGACAUUUGUCAGACGUUUAGGUUCUGUUGUGUAACGAAUCCUCCGCCAUGGUCUUGUCAGUCAUCUCGACACGUGAUCAGUGAACUCUGAUUCCUGACUCUGCAGCUUGUGUUGGAUGAGCUGGAUGGGAUUGAAGUGACCGUUAUCCAAAUGAAUUAAAUGGUUUUUAUUUCUAUAAAAAGCAAAACGACAGUGGAGGUGUAAUGUAAACAUAGCGGUGGAAUAUUCUAUCCUAAUUUCACCCUCACACUCCGUCAUGGCAAUAUCACAUGAGAGCUUUUCAGAAGUCUCGUCACAUUGAUUUCGUGGGAUCUCAUCACACCCCUAAUAUAAACACUUGAAUGUGAAUUGGACUCAAAAAUACCUCGUGAACAUGCAUGAAUUUGUCGUGAUAUGCAUGCUUACAUCAUGUCUGUUUUACAUCUCUUACAUCUUACAAACUGGUCAGUGGUUGACACUCAAUAUUUACAGUACUAAAUAUCUGCUAAAAACUCCUCUGACGUACAUUUCAGCUUUCUUUGUAAAUAUGUCAUCAAAGCAAAAUGACAUUGAAGGGUUUGACUUUAUUUUAAUGUGCUGCUCAGUGGAAAACAAUUACAGACCUGGGAGGCGUUUCUGUUAAAGCACCUCUUAAACAUAAUGCUGGAAAUUUCCAGUCGUGAAUGACAUGUAUUUGCAUACCAGACAAAAGACUCAUGUUCCUUGGAGUUUGUGUGAAAGGCUUUGUGGGGAUUUCACAUUUAGUAGUUAUGAGGAAGUGCUGAAGUGUGUUCAGAGAUGCGUGAGACAAAAGCUCUUUGUUAUGGAGGAAACAAACACUGUGGUAAUUCAGUGAGUUUGGGGUUUGCUUUGGGGGAAGAAAAUCUUCUGACUUAAUAGUCAAAAUCUUCUGUAAUCUCAGCUAAUCCUGCAGCAAGAUUUACAGAUGUUUGUCCCUCAAACAUGUCACUUUCUUUAUAUUAUCUAUAUAAUGUACUGCCCAUCUUAUGUUGGACAUUUGAUUAGUAGUGUAUUGAUUUCAUUGGUUCAGUAAAGUUUAAAUUGAAUUCUAUUAA